CACAGUAAUUUCUGAGCUGCAAUAGAAAGAAAAUCCCCAAAUCGAUCAAUGGCGUCCGCUGCGAAAUCCCUAUUCCAAACCCUCCGCCGUUACAUCAAGAAGCCAUGGGAGUAUACCGGCCCCGUCGCCCACCCUGAAUACCAGCACGCCAUCCCCAAGGCGACGGACUACCGGGUUUACUGCCCCGCCACCGUCCCCGGCAAGGCCAUCGUGCCCAACUCUCUCCCCGAAACUGUUUACGACAUCAAGUAUUUCAGCCGAGAUCAGCGCCGCAACCGCCCCCCGAUUAAGCACACAUUUUUGAAGAAGGCUGACGUGGAGCGGAUGAAGAAGGGAAAGACGUUCGAUCUGAGUGAGUUGCCGCAGCCGUACCUGACUGCGACGGUUAUCGAGGACCAAAAUGCCAUCGGCGGCGGAUACCAGAAGUAGAAUGCUGGAAGAUCUGGGUUAUCACUCUGAAGUCUGAAUGUCUUGGGGUCAUUUUCUUUAUGUAACAGGCUCGUGAGCUGUGACUGCUAUCUGCCUGCUUGAAGAUCUGGUUAAAUGUAAGCUUGGUUUUAUGCAGCUGGUUUUCUCUCUCCAGAUAAUUUUCUUGAAAAGAACAAGUUGUAUUCAUGACAUGUACUUUCUUACCUGAGUUGUCUCCUCAAUAAUGUAUUCUCACCUCAAAGGAGUAUUUUGCAGCUCCAAUGUGUUUUAUGUCUAUGAUCAUUGUUAGAUCUGCCUUAUUGGGCU